UCUGUAGGCUGGCACACUUCCUUCAAUAUUAUUUCUGGGGGAGCGGGGGUAAAAGUACUAAAAAAUGUUGCCGAUCCACAACACUGGGACGGACUGAAUGGAGGCAACGCUGUCAGGGAGCGGGGAUCAUAAAUCCGUCUACAGUGCACCGCGACACACACACCGGUAAGCAGAAAUAAAAAGAGCGGCUUGUUGACUUCUCGGUAAACGUCCAGCCCUCGGCCUCCCCAUGCCUCCAUCUCCUCUUGACGACAGAAUUGUGGUGGCGCUGCAAAGGCCGAUCCGACCUCAGGAACUCCAACUGCGCCUGGACACCAGCUACGUGGACUCCAUCGCCACCAGCAGCAGCGACAACACCGUUAUUAGCACCACCGUGGUGAAGAUCCGGGCGACGGCCAAUCUUGUAACGUAUAUGCCCUCAUCCAAGGGCUCCACGCGCUCGUUGUCGUGUGGAUGCAGCAGUGCCAGCUGCUGCUCAGUGACUACCUAUGAGAAGGACAACCAGAGCCUCAACCACAGCCAGGUGAGCGCCAGCAGCCCCAACCUCAGCUAUGCCGGGGCCCCCCCCCCUAUGGUCAGCAGCCAUGAAGCAAUCAGCACCCCCAGUCUCGCCUCAGGCACCCCGAGGGCCCUGUCCACCGUGAGGGUCAUCCACCCCAAUGAGCUGGCCAAACGGAUGUCCUGCUGCCCCAUGGGACACCCUGUGGGGCCCGUGCCCGUCAUCAUCGACUGCCGGUCCUUCAUGGAGUACAACAAGAGCCACAUCCGGGGGGCCGUGCACAUCAACUGCUCCGAUAAGAUCAGCCGGCGGCGUCUCCAGCAGGGCAAGAUCACGGUGCUCGACCUCAUCUCCUGCCGCGAGGGCAAGGACUCUUAUAAGGGCAUCUUCUCCAAAGAGAUCGUGGUUUACGAUGAGAGCACCAUGGAACCCAGCCGGCUGACGUUCUCCCAGCCGCUGCACGUGGUCCUGGAGUCUCUGAGGAGGGAGGGCAAGGACCCCAUCAUCCUCAAAGGAGGCCUUAGCUGCUUCAGGCAGAACCACCAGAACCUGUGCGAACACUCGCUGCACCUUCACGAGGGCUUGGACCACGGUGCUGCUGCCGGCCCGCUACCUCACUUCCUGCCCUCCACGCCGGACAUAGAGAACGCAGAGCUGACGCCAAUCCUGCCCUUACUAUAUCUGGGGAACGAGCAGGAUGCUCAGGACAUCCACAUGCUGCAGCGCUUCAACAUCGGCUUCAUCCUGAACACCACCACCCACCUGCCGCUCUUCCACUACGACACGGGCCUCUUCGUCUACAAGCGCCUGCCCGCCACCGACAGCAACAAGCAGAACCUGCGGCAGUACUUCGAGGAGGCGUUUGAAUUCAUCGAGGAAGCACAUCAAGCAGGAAUGGGCCUCCUGAUCCACUGCCAGGCAGGCGUGUCUCGCUCAGCCACCAUCGUGAUCGCCUACCUGAUGAAGCACACCUGGAUGACCAUGACUGACGCCUACAAGUUUGUGAAAACUAGGAGGCCCAUCAUCUCCCCGAACCUCAACUUCAUGGGCCAGCUGUUGGAGUUCGAGGAGGACCUGAACAACGGAAUAACGCCACGAAUCCUAACACCAAAGCUGAUUGGUGUGGAAACCAUCGUCUAAGCUAACCCAAUCGACUAGACGCUCACACUUGUACUCACUCUCAUCCUUUUUUUCAAGAGAGUCCAGCUGCUGCAGGCUGGUUCUGAGUGUGAGAGCUCCUGUAUUCUUCUUGAAUCUCCUCACGCUCAUUUUGGGCUCUCUGGAGUGCCAGAGCUUUGGGUCAGUGGUGAUGAGAAAUGCCAAAAAUCCCUACUGUUUGGACCCGGCUGAAGUCCCGGAGGAGAAGAAGAGGCAGCGAUGGAGAUAGAGGGGGGGGGUCAGUCCUACCGAUGGAGAGCAAACAUGAAGGAACAGGAAAUCGGUUUGGAAGAGAUAGUCUCUGUGCUUAGGGGCAAUUACUGACAAGAGAAACUCUUAAAGCUCCCACUGUGCUACACAGUUUCUGUUUGCAGACUCAGAAGGGGUUGGCCAUGGCAGUGCCUGUCAAAAAAACAAAAAAAAUAUAGAGACUUGUUCGGUGUGUUAAUGUUGUUGAUCUAUUUUUAUACAGGGGUUUAUGGGGGUGACCAUGAUGAGCCCACAGCGGCUUACUGUGCAAUAAAUUCAGAGUGGAAUGCAACCGAGACCUUGAUCUUAUGUGUAUAUAUCGGUAAUGAUUACAAAACAUUUCCAGCUCUUUGCUGAAAAAAACAUUUUGAUGUUUAUGUACUUACUGUUGUUCAGUUUGGUUUAUGGUUAUGGUGGAAACAGUUAUGCUGUUAUUUUUGGCGCAGACAUGUCUGAGAAAAGAUACUUUUUUUUGUAAGUACAGCUUGUUGGGUUUAUGUAAUUCAUCAGAACCACAAAUUCAUAUUUGAUGUGUUUACUCUCCGUUUUGCCAUUCCUGCAUCCACAUAUGCAUAUAUUUUAGCAAUAUAUAUACAUAUAGUGCCAAACAGCCAUAAGAGCUUUUUUAUGCAUGGCUGCUGGCAGAGAACACUUUGAAAUAAUGAGUGAAUAUUGUAAAACGGGGCUACUGGUGAUGUUUAAUGUAACAGAACGGAGGAAUUUCACUGCCUGCUUCUGUUGUCUCCUCUGUUCUCUCUGCUCCCAUUCAUCUAUGAGCCAACUCUGUGGCAACAGACUCACAGAGCCCCUGUGUAGCUGCAUUUGUUUGUGUCAAAGCCCUACAUUUUGAGCUUUGAUUUUGUCCAUUGUAAGGUAGCAGAUUUGAGGGGCAGACAAACAAAUGUUUGCUUCCUCCUGCAGGGUGGCGGUGCAGCGUGACGGUGGCGGUACAGUAGAGCAGCGUGACCCUCGUCUCAUCUUUUGCAGCUCGCUGACACCAGGCUACAGUUAAGUGAGCUCCUCUGCCUUGCUUAGGCGAGUGCUGCUGUCACGUGCUGUUCUAGUGCCUCUAUCAAUGCCUUAAUUCAUGUGUCACCACUGGGCCUGCGCCUGGUACACCAUCACGUGCAUACAGAUGCAACACACGCCGAGGUUGAAUUUCAGCUCCCAGACAAAAGCAACCUGCUCCUCUUGAUCUCCGUGUUACAAACAUAUUUUUCUCUGCUAUUCCUGCUUAAUAUGCAGAGUUUUAGAACGUUGCUUUCAAAGCCUUGAGGUAACAAUGCUCAUUAUGUAACUCUGAUCUCGAGGUGGCAUUCGAGUCUAAACAUUAGUGAAGAGUUGAUGCACGCACACAAAGCUUACUCUCGUCCUGUUGCGCCUGAAUAUACUCACUUUGACUAAUACUACAAUAUGUAGAAAGAUAUGAAGAGAACAAAACAUUCUCAACGUGCUAAUGCUACUUAAAUGGCCCGAAGUGAACUUUUUUUAAUCGUUGCCGAAAAAGAAUUGAAAUCUAGCAUUUCAGCCUUCUUAUAAGUGAAAAUGCAUGGGUUUUAACCACCUGUCUAACGAACAACAGCACACAGUAUAGACCUCAUCUUGAAGAGAGGACUGUGUGCAUGUCCAUACAUAAACUCAGCAUUUAAACAUAGGGAAGAUAUUGAAAAAAACAUCUUUGUUUUAGGCUGAAAAACAUAGAUCUUUGAUGCACUCGGUUUUCAUGUGAUACACCCAGAGGGCUGUCAAAUUGACAAACACAUAAAAGAGCAUUUAGCACUUUAACUGAAGUUUUAAAAUCUUUUUCAGAUUAAAACAAGCUUCGUCAAGUAGUGUAUCAAGCUGACUUGAAGCAACCUCCUCACAAAUGAUGUUAAUGUCACGUUUAUGUUCAUAGGUUCUUCUGGUUUCUUUUCUCCACUGUUCGCAUGGAAACAAAGACUUAAAAUGAAGCACAGGGCUAACAAUAUCACCGUCAGAGCACCCCAAAAACCACAUCAAUUUCUCCAUAACCUCCGUGAACCAUUUUAUCUUCAAAAGUACAUCUGAAAGCCAAACAUUAGGAGAGUGAUCGUGUGUGUCCGUCUGCAAGAUGAAGGAGAAUGCAAGGAGCGUAGCGUAGUGAAUACAAAUACACAGUGCACUCGGAAAGGCUUUACAACACCAACAUCCACAACAAUAAGCUUCAAAAAUCCCUCAUGUGAAAAUUCAUGCUAUGCAAAAUGAAACAGGUUUUUCCUUUACCCGAAGACCAUGAGAAUAGUUUUAUGAGAUCUCUGCAAACAUUUGGAGCAUGAAUAACAGUUUGCGGACUCAGAUUGAAGUGAGUUUUUUUUAACGUGUGACAAAGAAAACAAAAAACGUGAGUGGCGACGUGUCCUCACUAUUUCUGUUGCUGUCGUCAUUGGUGUCUACUGGUGCUCCACAAUAUAUUUGAAUAUGAUAACAAAAAGAGGUAUAUAAUAACCAUUUACCACACGUUUGUAGCUUGUGCAUUUAUAUUCAGUGAUUUGCAAAAAAAAAAGAGAGCUAAUGAGAAAAAUGAACCUUUUUGUCCCACCUGCCGGUUCCUACACCUGCAGCGGCACAUGGCUUUUGUAUGCAAUGAUCUAUUUGACUGAACAAUGUAACCGUCGUACUGUACAUUACUCUCUGGUUGGAAAACGAAGCAUGCUGUGUGCUCCUGGUCUGUGAGGCACACUCGCAGACAUUACGGUGCUUUCUUUUUUCUCCACACUGCUCUUUCUCUAGAGGUCGUAGCCUGACCGCCAGCUCGGAGAACCAUCUGCUCCUUUUUAUUUUUAACAAAACACGGUUCUGUACUGGAACAAUAUCAAGCUGUCAUUAUUUGAUGUGCACUUGUUACAACUAGACUUGUUUAAGAGUCUCUGCUUUAGGCUGGGAGGCUACCAUGGAAACUCUGCUCUACAAGUCUAUCUUUCUCUGUGUCUGUAGUCAAAGGUCAAGUAUAUACAGUAUAUAAAUAUAUAUCUAUUUUCUUUGUAUGCAUAUAUUCAUUACUAUUUUUGCACUGACCUACGGACAAAUGGAUUUAUUUUUUUCUCCACAAAGGGUGCUAUUAUAACGGAGGCCUUCUCCCACACCUUUUUGCAUGACUCAAGAUUCCUCAACUGGUCUGUCAACUCUCCUACUCUUCUCCUACUACUCCUUGAACUCUUGCAAUUGAAGCACUGUAAUUUUGUAAUCCCUACUUGUGAGCUUUGAAAUAAAGGGGGAGGCUUCAAGUUUG